AUGGCGAGCAUUCUCAGGGCUGCUAACGCCCGUCUGGCAUCUCGCUCUCGAGUGUUUUCUUCGUCCUCUUCGUUCGCCGCCGCAUGCGCAAUUCCGCAGAGAGGUUUCGCUUCGCUGCCGGCAAGCGGCGUGCGCGGCGCAGGCGUCUCGCCAGUGGGAAACAGCCGCUUCUGCGGCGGACUUCUGCAGACGAGAGCUAUCGUUAACCAAGUGAAAUCCACGCAAGAUUUCGAGUCAGUUACCGCCUCGCAGGCGGGCGAGACGCCGGUGAAGGUUGUUCAGUUCUCAGCCUCCUGGUGUGGACCUUGCCGGCAUGUCACCCCCAUCGUUGAAGGCUGGAGCAACAAGAUGCCAGCGAGUGAAGUUCAGUUCUUUCACGUCGAUAUUGACGAGUGCCCGGAGCUUGCUGAGGAGUACGAUAUCUCCAGCGUGCCGACUUUCCUCGUCUUCAAGAAUGGAAAGAGAGUCAACACGGUUGUCGGCGGAAACACCGCGAGGCUCGAGCAGGCGAUCAAGGAAAGCACGAGGUGA